CAUACUUUACUUUGAAUCGAGCUUCCAGUCUAGUAUUAAACAAUCAUGAAGACAGCCGUACUCGUCCUCUUGGUGUUGGGCAUUACAUGCCUGGCAAUCAAGACAGUGGUAGCUCAAAGCGACUCGGAUCAAAGUGUGGAGGUCAGCGUCGACGCCAGCGAUUCCGAUGAGGAGGCUCAUGCUCGGGAACGCCGAAUGAUCUUUCCGUCUUGCGAAAUUACCAGAGAUUCCGACUCAAGUUCUGAAGAGGACACCGGCGACAGUGAUUCCGAGGAGGAGGCUCAUGCUCGGGAACGCCGAAUGAUCUCUUGCGAAAUUCCCAGCAAUUCCGACUCAAGUUCUGAAGAGGCUUCAGUGAGAGAAGAAGUGAUAGACAUCGCCGCACCCUAGAUUCAACAUGUGCGCCGUUUUCUUCCAAUCUAUUUCUCGACUGAAUGGACAAUUUAAUGUGCCAUAUAGACCUAUAUACUCUUUGGAACCCAGAUUUCGGUUAAAAAUAAACACGAUGAUUUGAUUUAACGGCCAAUCACGAACAUGAACAAGAACACAGACCAGUGGUUCACAAUUUUCAAAUGUUACGAUGAAAAUUACGACUGGCAACGAAAAUAAUAUAAUUCUGAUUUUACUUA